GUUGUAAAUCCAUUCAUAAAUUUCUCCAUUGAAUGAUCGGUUUUUUCUCGUGGGCGAACGUCCAAAAUAUGAUCCGGCGAGUUUUUAAAUCAGUGGCGUCUCGUCCUUCAGUUUUUUAUCAUUUUUAUUUGAAUUCAAAGCAAACAGAAUGUCAAUUAACGUGUUAAAAGCUAAAAGAUUCCAGCAAUAAAAUUACCAUUUGUUGUGUACAGUUCUCGUUCAAGGCUGGUUAAGUGUUUUGAUUUUUUUGGAAAAAAAGUGGCCAAAUGUGUGUUUGGAUCAUUGCUAAACACAAUUAACAAUGUGUAAACAUUCGCAAUUGAUUGAAAAUUUUGUUACAGCAGGAAAAGUGCGAACGAUGGACAAACAAAUGUGAGGAUGGAAGUUUAUUUUUUGAUCGGUGUUUUUUUAGUUAAUGCACCGCAACGUACUGUGACAGGAUUAGAGCAAAAUAAAAUAUGCCCUAUUCUGGGGUACUUCCAGUGCGAGAACACCACGAUUUGCAUUCCGCAACAGAACAACUGUGACGGAAAAGUCGACUGUCCAGGUGGGAGCGACGAAGUUAUCGGGUGCGAUGAUCGAGCCAAGGACGAUUAUUGGGACCACCAGUUCAAAAAAAGACCAUCGGCUCUCAACGACCACUUGGCCCAUAUUUGCAAUUUGAGUUACAACGGAAGUUGCGUUUGUCGCGGCCGCGAUUUGUUAUGUGGUCAUAAAAACAUGGUUAAAAUACCGGGGGAUUUACCCGCUGAUAACAUCACGUUAUUGGAUUUUGAAGGCAACAAUUUCGGUGUUUUGAGCGGCAAUGUUUUGGAAAAAGUGCCGCUCUUUGUCGAGAAAAUCAACUUUGCUCACUGCAACAUCGACGAGCUAAAACCGCACACAUUUCACCAACUGACCCACAUCCAUGAUUUACACUUAGACAACAACGAUCUCAAAACGUUUCCUUCCGACUUGUUCCCCGAAAGCAACAAUUUACGUCUGUUAUCCGUAACGCACAAUCAUAUAUCGCGGAUUUCGAGCGAUGCUUUUAGGAAAUUGCGAGCGCUGGAAGAACUGGAUCUGAGUGGGAACAAAAUCAGCGAAAUCAAGAGAGAAGUGCUAGCGCCGCUUGCAAAACUGCGCCUUUUAAUUCUGAGGAAUAACCAAAUACGAUACAUCAGCAAUUCCACCUUUCCACAACUGCCUUUGCGCAAAUUAUCCUUGAUAGAAAACAGGAUCGAUCGCUUGGACCCGGGGGCUUUCGCAAAUUUGACACAACUCCAAGAAUUAUAUCUGACCAACAAUCGCUUGGUGCACUUGAAAAAUGGGACGUUUUUCAACCUGAGCCAGCUCCUCGUCUUGUUUUUAGGUGACAACUUUAUAAAAACAAUCGAAGUCGGUGUGUUCAUCGACGUACUCAAUUUAACAUCCUUGACACUCGAGCGGAACCAAUUCAGGACACUGGACAAGAAAGUGUUGGCGCCGUUAACAAUCCUCCAGCACAUUUACUUCGACCGGUUCGAGCUUUGUGAAAGCGCGCUCCACGUCCGCGAUUGCGAGCCGAAAGGCGACGGCAUCUCAAGUCAGUAUCACCUGUUGGACAGCAUCGUCUUGAGGACGAGUGUUUGGAUUAUAGCAGCGAUCGGUUGUACCGGAAAUUUGAUCGUUUUGUUGGGUCGUUUACUCGCGCCCACCAACAACGUCGUCCACUCCCUCUAUCUUCGCAAUUUAGCCCUUUCGGACCUCCUUAUGGGGGUGUAUCUGUUUGCGAUUGCGAUUGCCGACCAACAUUACAGAGGGGAUUAUUUGAGGUAUCAGUACUCCUGGCGGCACAGCUACGUGUGCAAUAUAUGCGGUUUUCUGAGCACCCUCUCGUGCGAAUCGUCCGUUCUCAUCCUCACGCUGGUGACGUGGGACCGAUUUGUUUCGGUAACGCAACCCCUAGCCAGAAAACAACCCUCGCCGAAAACGGCCGCUUUCACCCUCGUCGUUCUGUGGAGUAUAGCGGCGGCUGUGGCUUUGGCACCGCUAUCCGAAGGCUAUUUCGGUGAUGAAUUCUACGGCAAUAAUGGUGUGUGCUUGCCCCUGCACAUACACGAGCCCUACGCCAAGGGUUGGGAAUAUUCCGCGGCCAUGUUCAUGCUAGUCAACGCAUUAGCCCUAACAUUCAUUUGUUACGCUUACAUGCGGAUGAUAAACGAAAUCAUAGCAAGCGGCGUCGCGUGUCGAUCAACCCGUCAAAGUCAAGAACGCGAUAAAGUGGCCCAAAGAUUCGGAAUAAUUGUCUUCACCGACUGUUUAUGCUGGGUCCCUAUCAUAGUCGUCAAGUUGGUAGCGCUCGCAGGUUAUCCAAUCCCUAAAGAUUUGUACGCCUGGCUUGCGAUUUUCAUUCUACCGAUCAACUCGGCCCUGAAUCCGGUCCUGUACACGCUCACGACCACAGUUUUUAAAAAACAGAUGAGGAAAAUUUUAAAUUCUUGCAUUCGGAAACGAAGACCCGAACCACAUUCGGCGUCCGAAUCGGGGUUCAGUUUAAGUUUUGGGGUUUUUCCAAAAGGGGGCAGCACCAGACGGAUUUUGAGUUACAGGGGGACGCAGAGUAGUCUCACAGCGAGUAAGAAUAGCUGGAAGAGGACCCCCACAGCUGUCUGAUAAUUGUACUAAACGUAUUUUUCCGUAUGUGUCAUAAAUACGGGUAUCUAAAAGUUAGGAUACGAAAAGACGUACAAAAAAAACGUUCCCGUCCUUGAUAGUUCAGUUACUAUCGCCAGAGGGCGCUGUACCAUUACCGUCUAAGUUUUCAUACAAACUGUUGUAUUUGUAUAAUGGUUAAAACAAAGCAAACAAAAAAAUACAGUCAAAUAGAGAAUUAAAUUCUCAAUAGUAGGACAUAAACACAAUGCAAAAAAAUUAUCGUAAACUGUAUUUUAAAAAAUUUCAAACAUUUACCAAAUUGCAGUCUGCCUCAUAUUUUUCAAAACGCUGCGAAUACGGUGACAGAUGCAAGAAAAUUGUUAGGAGAAAAGUUGGAGAGAAUUAAAUUUCCUACAAAAAAGUCCGCGAGACCAUAUCUCUAUCUUGAGUCAUUCAGGCCCCAAAGUCGUUCAAAGACGCUAAAGCGACAAAGUUGCUUCAUUGUGCCGGUGGUCAAGUUAAAGUUAAUUCAUACCUAAACCGUUGAAGGUAAAAAUACGGAGUGGCAGACUUUUUAUAGAAAAUUUAAUUAUAUAUAAGUUUGUUUCUUGCAUUUUUAUUGUAUCUUCAACCGUAUUCGCAGCGUUCGCAAAAAUAUACAGUGGAACGCAAAUUAAUAAAUCUAAGCGAUAAGUCUUUGCGCACGGGUGGAGAUGCAAAAAAAUUUUUAGGAACAAAGUUGUAGAAAAUUAUUAAUUCAUAAUUAAUAUUAAAAAGCCCGCGACAUCUUAACGCUCGAAGCGCCCUCAUAUUUAUUCUUCCGAAGUAUAUCUUUUUGGGUACGAUUUAGUUUCGUCGUUUCGUCUCCUAACUUAUAGUCCUCCGUAGUCAUAAAAUAGGAUUAUUGUUAAGUAAGGACAUUUCAAUGUUAAAAAAAUGGGGAAAUACGUUUCAAACAUGUAAAUAGUAACAAUAAGUGUAUUUUUUAUAUUUACAAUAAUUACAUUGUUUAAGAAAUCUGUGAUCCUUAAUGUACUUUGUGUGGAAAAUAAAUAAUUUUACGCAACAUUA